CCCUCUCUCUUCAAAUACAGAAGAAAAUAGAGAGGAUUAAAAUGAAGAUAGUAGUGCUACUGCUACUCUCAGCAACUUUCCAAAUCGCAUUAUCGAGAACUCGUGACGGUCAAAUACCAAAUGGAAACUUCGAGUACGGCCCAAAACCGUCGCAAAUGAAAGGUACGAAAGUGACGGACCCGCAUUCCAUCCCACAUUGGGAAACAACAGGCUACGUGGAAUACAUAAAAUCGACGCAAAAGCAAGGCGACAUGGUGCUGGUGGUGCCGGAGGGAGCCUCAGCCGUGCGGCUGGGCAAUGCGGCCACCAUCAAGACGAAGGUGAAGGUGGCCAAAGGAAUGUUCUACGCCAUCUCAUUUAGUGCAUCUAGGACUUGUGCACAAGAGCAGACAUUGAUGGUCUCAAUUUCACAAAAUAGUCAACCCAAAGACUGGGGAAUUUGGCCCAUCCAAACCGUCUACAGUUGUGACGGUUGGGAUUCCUAUUCUUGGGGAUUCCGGGCCAACUCUAAUGACAUGGAGAUCUUGAUCCACAAUCCGGGUUUGGACAAAGACCCGGCUUGUGGCCCACUUAUUGACUCCGUCGCACUCAAGGCCUUGCCCAAACCCAUUAGACAAAAAGGCAACUUGUUGAGAAAUGGAAACUUCGAGGAGGGUCCGUACAUAUUCCCCAACAGUAGUUGGGGGGUACUAAUCCCUCCGACCUUGAAGGACGCGAACUCUCCUCUUCCCUGUUGGAUGAUUGAGUCCCUCAAGGCCGUCAAGUACAUCGACUCUGACCACUUCCGUGUGCCUGAAGGCAAACGGGCGGUGGAGCUUGUGGCCGGAAGGGAGAGUGCCAUCGCUCAACUAGUCAGAACUACGCCUGGAAAAACCUACGACCUCGUUUUCUCAAUAGGCGACGCGAAGAACUCGUGCGAGGGGUCGAUGAUGGUGGAGGCAGCCGCGGGGAGAGAUAUCAUGCAAGUUCCUUAUCAAUCAAAGGGGACCGGAGGGUUCAAGCGCGCUAAGCUUAGGUUUAAGGCCGUUUCGUCCCGAACUAGGGUUAGGUUUUUGAGUGCAUAUUAUCACAUGAAGAGUGAUAAUUCGGGUGCAUUGUGUGGACCGGUUGUUGAUGAUUUGAGGUUGGUUAGUGUGCGCAAUCCGGGUCGGGCUUAGAGCACCUGCAACACCGUUAGGGCGAUGAUUAAUUUAAUUAUAUAUUUUGUUGCAAAAUUAUUUGAGAAAUUUGUUUUUUUGAGAGGAUUCAAGUUGUUUUUGACGUGUAAACUACAAGCUGUACAAGCUUUGUAUAAGUUCAUGUUUUUUUAAUCAUCAAUGUUUAGUGGUUCGUGAUUAACUUUAA